AUGUCCCUCGGCUUGAAGCGGCACGCCUCCGAUGUUCACCAACAAUUCAGUCUUUCAAAUUUUGUUCCUCCCAAUUUCAGAACAAUGCUUUCACGAGCCGGCCACUCUAUUUUACGCCAAGCGCGGACUCAAUUGCGAACACAAGCUGGCCCUACACCAGUAGCUUCCCUCUCGGCACUCGCAAGACUAUUAUCAUCACUUGCCGUCCUGGAACAAAGGGAGGGUAAACUUAACCAUGGAUCACUUGGAGCAGUCACCGCAGCACAAAAGCUAGGAGGAUCAAUAACGGCAUUUAUAGCGGGAAGCAACAUAAAAUCUGUAGCCGAAGAAGCAGCUAAAGUUGCAGGAAUUGAAAAGAUCAUUGCUGUAGACAAUUCUGCAUAUGACAAGGGUUUGCCAGAAAACUAUGCUCCUUUAUUGGUAGAAAAUAUUAAGAAGGGUGGCUUUACACACAUCAUUGCCGGUCACACAGCUUUUGGAAAGAAUCUAAUGCCCCGCGUUGCCGCACUACUCGAUGUUCAACAAGUAUCGGAUAUUACAGGAAUUGAAAAUGAGAACACCUUCGUCAGACCAAUAUAUGCUGGUAAUGCAAUUGCCACUGUCGAAUCUUCAGACGAAAUCAAAAUCAUUACCAUCAGAGGAACAGCUUUUGCUGCAGCAGCGGCGGAGGGUGGCUCGGCAUCAAUUGAGGAGGGAGUAGAUCCUAAGAUUGAAUCGCAGACCGAAUGGGUAUCAGAAGAUCUCGCAAAAUCAGAUAGACCAGAUCUCGCCACUGCGGGUAAAGUCGUAUCUGGCGGUCGAGGCUUGAAAUCAAAGGAGGAGUUUGACAGAAUAAUGCUGCCUUUGGCGGAUGCUUUGGGGGCAGCCAUUGGAGCGUCAAGAGCAGCUGUAGACAGUGGAUACGCCGACAACAGCUUACAGGUCGGUCAAACAGGAAAAGUUGUAGCGCCACAGUUGUACUUAUGUGCAGGUAUCUCUGGUGCUAUUCAACAUUUGGCAGGAAUGAAGGAUAGUAAGGUCAUCGCAGCAAUCAACAAGGACGCUGAUGCCCCGAUUUUCCAAGUCGCCGAUGUUGGACUGGUUGGAGAUCUGUUCGACAAGGUCCCAGAACUCACCGAGAAGUUGAAGAAAUAA